AGCUCUGACGGUUCCCGCGACUUUAGGUCUAAUUUUCAUCGGCGGCCUAGUGCUCUUUACCGUGUACCAUGUGAGACCGUACAUGUCUGUGAGAAAGACAGAGAAAGUGGAAUAGCAAUUUAAACAGCAAUUUCCGGGUUACAUGUGAAAGACGUUAGCGGGCCACGUUAUCGUUGUAUCGUGUUUGCACAAUUCACGCGUGUAGCUACGAUUCGUGAUAUAAACCGCGUAAGCUUAAGCUCUGUGUGUGAUAAGUAUCGGUUACAUAACGAUUUUGCUCGUUGUUUCGUUUGUUUUUCACUAAAUAAAAAUGGCAACAACGAAUCGGUGGUUCGUCGUUGGAAUAUCCGGUGCGACCUGCAGCGGAAAGACCACGCUGGCUCGUAAAAUUCGCGAUAACUUCCCGGGAUCUGUCAUGGUGCGUCAGGACGACUACUUCUUGCCGCCGGACGAUCCGCGUCAUGUCAAAGUGACGGAAUUGAAUCAUUUGAACUGGGAUUUGAUGACGAGCUUGGAUAUGCCGAGGAUGCAUUCCGACGUUCUGAGGAUACUCGAAUCGAAAGACGCAGCGCGCUCGGAAAAAAGUAUGCUGAUACUGGAUGGCUUUUUGUUGUUCCGGCACAAGGCUCUUACGGAUUUGUGUGAUCGCAAGUACUUCUUGACGUUGACGAAGGAGCAAUGUUGGGGACGGAGGAAAGAUCGUGCGUACGACCCGCCCGAUGUGCCGGGAUAUUUCGACAAAGUGGUGUGGCCCGAGUACAUGGAAUACGAGAGUGAAAUUACGCGAGACACCGAGUUACGCGCGACUAUAACGUUCAUUGAUGGAUCUAAUGACACGAAAGAAACUUACGAGACGAUCUCGAAGGAAAUCAGUCAAUUGUUAUCAUAGAGAUGCCUCAAUUUAUCUUUAUGACAACUGAGCUUGGAUUAACAAACUUGUCAUAAGCACGAACGAAGAUUUCUUUUAUACAUUCCUGAAAAUUACAAGAAGAAGGUUUCAAAGGGAGUUUCAGUUUUAUAAAUUAUUAAUCGUUAAUGACGCCAGAGUAAAAAAGUUGCAUUAACUUGUAAGCCUGUCCUUUCGUAGCUGUUUUUUCAUCGAUAACUUGAAUAAAAAUUGUUAUUAACGUUUCA